AUGCUCAACAUCAAGGAUGAGCUCUCUCAAAGUCCUGACAUCGAAAGGCACUCCGUGAAGGAAUGCGUGAUGCAAGCACAACGCAAGAUUGAUCUUCUGGUUGGCCGGGGGGAAGUGAUUCUUCCUGGGGAAAAGUCACCGCCCGCGAUGCCUCCCUUUGCCAUUUUGGACGCAAUGAUCGAGCCCUACUUUACAACGACCAAUGAUCAUUUUCCUAUCUGGACAAAGAAAAGGUUCGCUCGACUGGCUACUACUUUGCGGCAAUCAGCGCCAUCCGAACGGGAUCUUGCUUCUAUCGUCUGCUGCAACAACCUCAUCCUCCUGGCCAUGUCAGCGGACUCCCUAGGCUCCCACCAGCGGGAGUCAAUGAUGUCCAAGCAGACCCGCAAGACCUCGUCAAUCGACUUUGACCUCAUUGCGGGCUUUUUGACAAACGCGAAGCGCGCUGUCAGCAAUAUUGACCAACUUGUGUCGCCGUACCUCAUCAACGUGCAGGCACUCUUAUCUCUGCACAUCGUCGCGCAAGUGUACCUCUCUAUAGGUCUAUCCGAGACGCUGCUUGCUCUAGCAACCAGAUGUGCAAAGUCCGUUGGCAUCCACCAGUGGCACUCCUUUCAAGGUCAACUGAGUGACGACGACAUCAAAGAAAGACAAAACCUUUCAUACUGCUUAUACGUUCUUGAUAAGGCCGUUUGCUGGACGGCUGGGUCGUCUCCCAGUAUACCAGUCUCCGAAGUCUAUUUCGACGCACACCUGGUGCCUUCGGAAAACGGUAUCCCAUCCUGCCUUGCUGCAAAGGCCGAGAUGGCUAGGAUAGAGGAGACCGUAUACUUGGAGAUAUACGCUGUUCAUGUGCAGGCGCGAGACGAAGAGCAAGUUCGAGAAUUCGCAGCCACGAUUUUGUCAAGACUGCAAGACUGUCUCACCGAAUCGGGAGUUGACUUGGACAAGAUACAGAAAUCGUUUGAAGGCUCCGCUUCGAAUCUCCAGUUGGCCAUCAGAUAUCUUUCCGUUCAGCUGCUCCUGAUUUGGCCCCACAAGCACCAUCCCGAUCCCAUGUUUCAACGGGCUCCCGAGGUAGCUAGAAUCUUUCUCGCCUCGCUUCCGUCACUAUACCUUUACGAAGUAUUGUCAUCCAUCGUCUGCGGUCAGGCGUCCAGUUGGGACAUCGACCUGCUUCAAGAAUUUGUGGAGAUGCUCCAGACCAUCACCGACUGCCGCGCAGAAGCCUCAUACAAUCGACGGCUAUACCAGCUGUCACUUAUUGUCACCGACGUGAUAGAGGCCAGGAAGACUCAGCACAAACGGCAGAAGCCGACCUCGGAAGGACCAACAAAUCCUUAUUUGAUGUCAGAGCUGCCCUCGCCCCCAACAAGCGGUUACAACUACAUGGAUUCAGAGGCUCACGAAACCUACGAUUCACCCUUCGAUGGUGUUGUUUUCCAAGAUCCAGAUGGUUCUUUUGCCUCCAUGGGCCCAAUCACCUCGACGAGCGGGGAGUUAGCUCGAGGCUCAGAUGAGUUUUUGCCGCAAUUGAGGAGCUUCGCGAAGACGGCUCCCGGGAACGAAAACUUCAAUUCUCUGGCCAUGGAAGCCUUGGGGGAGUCUGUUCUCUUUUGGAAGGGCGUCAAUCAAGGUGCCAGGGUUGAUAGCCCAUCAGUCAGGUGCGAUUUGGGGGAGAGGUUAAACUAUAUAUGA